UGGAUUCGUUCAUCCGAACUCGAUUAAGAAAGUUUUCCAUUGGAUGCAGGUGCCCUCAACGCCAUUUGCCGCCAUUUGAAAGUUUGAACACAAAGCCAUGUCUGAUUCUGAAGAUAAAUCCGUACCUUCCCCCAAACAAGAGGAUAAGAAAGAAGAAGAAAUGGACCAGGAAAGUGAUGAUAAUGAAAAUUCUCGUGUGAAUGGAAGUGAUAGUAGUGAGGAUAAAGAUAACAGUGAAAAUAAAACUGACAAAACAGAAAAACAAGACACUGUACAAUCUAAGAAAGAGGAUUCUGUAGAAAGUAAAUCGGAAAAGACUGAGAUAAAUGAAAAUUCUGAGGAAAUGGAAACAGAUAGUCCUAAAAAAACAACCAAAAAAGUUGAAGAAAGUAAAAGUAAAAAGAAGAGAGAAACAAAGAAAGAAGAAUCAGAAGAGGAGGAGGAGGAAGAAGAAGAAGAUUCUGAACCAAAAUUGGGUUUAUUAGAACAACCAGUGGUAAUAGAAUCUGGGAAAAGAGAGAAAAGGAAAGUAGAAAGACUGAGUAUGACAGAAGCUUAUAACACUCCAAAUCAACCAAAAGAAGUAGAUAUACCUGAAGGUGUUGGAGAGAAAUUGGGUGAUAUUCCAAGAGUUGAGUUUCAGAUAAACAAAUUUAAAGCUGAAGAUCUGAAGACAUUACACCGGGUUUUAUUUGGAAAAAUAACAGCCGCAACAAAAGUAAAGAAAAAUAUACGACUAUUUACUGGAUUUGAAUUUAAGAAAGAUGACAAAGAAUAUAAAAAAAGACGAGAUAUGCUCCUUAAUCGAAACUUUCAUAUGCCCAUGUUGAAAGUUAUUUGUGAAGUACUAGAUUUAGAAAAGAAAGGAACAAAAGAUGAAGUAGCUGAAAGAGUAAUGGCUUUUUGUAUGUCUCCAAAAUCAACAGGGAAGAAAGUACCACAGUCAAAGAAGCGAAAAAGAUCAGAAACAAAAGGAAAAGGUGACAAAAAAAAAUCCAAGAAAGAUAGUAAAUCUUCUAAGAAAAAGAAAUCAAAAGAAAAGGUGAAAGGGUCAGAUGAUGAAGAAGAUGAAGAGGAGGAGGAAGAAGAAAAAUCUGAGGAAGAAGAGGUUGAGGAUGAGGAGGAAGAAGAAGAAAAAGAAGAAAGUGAAGAAGAGGAGGAGGAACCAGAAGAGGUAAAAGCGCCUAAAAAGAAAAAAGCAAAGAAAGAAACACCUGCAAAGAAACCCGCUCCAGCUAAAAAAGAAACAAAGAAAAAAGAAAAACCUGCACCUCAGAAGAAAAAAGAAUCAGAUUCAGAAGAGGAAAGUGAACAGAGUUCAGAUGAUGAAGAACCUCUUGUAAAAAAAGCACCUUCACCGCCAACAAAUGAUGAAUUAAAGAAAUUAGUAAAGAAAAUUUUAGAUGGGGCCAAUUUAGAACAGGUUACAAUGAAAACUGUAGUAAAACAGGUUUAUGAUAAAUUUCCAAGUUUUGAUCUGUCAGAUAGGAAACAAUUCAUUAAAAGCACAGUAAAACAGUUUUUAUCGUGAAACAGUGAAGAUUGUUCAUACAUCACAAUUCAUCAAAAAGAGAAAUUACACUGGAGAGGAAUGAACUUGAGGGGGCAGCAAACUCUGUAAAUUUGUGCUAUACAUUUAGCUUUUAUUGUAUCAUCUGUUGUUUUAACCAAUGUUUUAUCAUCAUCAGCUUAUCAUCCUCAUCUAUCAUCUUACUCAUUCAUGUCAUUUUGUCACCAAUUAUUCAUUGUAUAGAAGAAAGAUGAAUCAAAUUACCAUGUAUUCUCUUAAGGAAAAGUAUGGUUAUUUUAGCUUGAAAAUUAUGAUCAUGAAAUCUGGGCAAUUAUGAUCAUGUGGUAAUGAGCUAAUGUAGUACUUUUUUUAUAAAAAAAAAUGUAUGUGUGUUAUUCAUAAUUUUGUAUGUAAGAAACAUAGAAAUGAGAUCAUAACAUUUGUCAUUUUAAGUAAAACCUAUUAAAAAGAUAUUGACACCCAAGUUUUGAACUUAAAAAUAAAAUUAUGUUUCAUAUCUCAAGUUUCAAAACCUAAACUGUAAAUUAACCGUAAAAAGAAUUUUUUAUCAAAAAUAUAAAUUAGAGUUUUUAUUAUUUUCAAUUGUAAGUUUAAAAUCUUGUUGCUUAUUUGGAAUGUAUUAAAGUUUAUAAAAUGUGUGAAAGGAAUUUGAAAUCUUAAUUUAAAAAAAAAAAUUUUUUGUUAAAAUAAUUAUGGAAUGUGAAGAAUUUUGUAAAACAUGAGAAUAAUAUUGAAACCUAGACAAAAGAUGUAAAACUAUUUUUAAGAAACGAAAGGAAAAAUUUUAUAUGAAAAUAAAUCAAGGUCAUAAGUUAUGAUUUGAAAUAAAAUAUAAAAAAGUUUUUUAUGCAAUUUUAUUGUGUUGUGGAAGUAAGUUUUAUUGUCAAAAGAUGUUAAUUUUUUUUUUUAUAUGUACUGACAAUAAUAUUGAUUUUAAACUAGAAGAAAAGUCAGGAUAAUUGUUAAUUUAAAACCUACAUGUUAAAUAAAUUAUAUAAAUAGAUAA